UUCAAACGUCACUCUCAUUUUCUUCGUUUCUCGAUGGGUCAUAUGACAUCAGGAGAUCAAGUGACUGACUGUGUGUAGCUAUCAGGAAAAUUCCAUAAAACUCCUUCAAAAGGAACUACUCGAGAAAAUGCGGUACACACUCGGUUAUACCUUCGCGGUUUCACUGGUCUCCGUGUCAACAGUAUUGAUCCUGUACCAUGUUCUCACGGGCAAGGGUGAACGCGUCAGUGUUGGGUGGUUCCUGGAGGAAACAUCUCCGUACAUGUGGGCAACUCUCGGUAUUGGAUUUGCCGUUUCCCUGUCCGUAGUUGGAGCUGCGAUGGGUAUCCACACGACAGGAGUCAGUAUCGUUGGUGGUGGUGUAAAGGCUCCCAGAAUUAAGACCAAAAAUUUGAUCUCGGUUAUUUUCUGCGAAGCUGUGGCUAUUUAUGGCCUGAUCACGGCUAUCGUUCUCUCUGGAAUGUUGGAAAGUUUCUCCUGGUCAACGGUGGUUGCGAAUGACAACAUCCGUAACAACAAUUGGUUUUCCGGUUAUCUAAUGUUUGGAGCUGGUCUCGCUGUAGGUAUGGUCAAUCUGUUCUGUGGCAUUGCUGUUGGUAUCGUUGGAUCCGGUGCUGCUCUUGCUGAUGCUGCCAACUCGGCUCUGUUUGUGAAGAUUCUUAUCGUGGAAAUCUUCGGCUCAGCUAUCGGUUUAUUCGGAUUGAUUGUGGGCAUUUACAUGACUUCCAAGGUCAAGAUGGGAGACAAGGACUAAAUCGUUCAUCCUAGAUAUCAUCAUCGUGCAAAUGCCGCGAUACAAACAGUUAAAUAUUAGAAUGUAUUAUAUUGAUAAAUCAACAAACGGCUUUGCAAGACACCAGGGUGCAAUGCAAUGAUGUAUCGUCUUUGCCAAAAACGAUGUACUAAAUGGCCAUUCCAAAAUAACAACAUAUUUGAAGACCACACAAUCUUCAGCUAAGUGUAAAAUUCGUCAUUCAAAUACUUCAAGUACCGAAGAAAAGUUCCCUCUCGUUCAGCUGUAAAGCUGGUAAACGUUGUUUUUGUUUUAUUACAGUUUUGUUUUGUUAAGAAAUGAUUGAUAGGAGAAUAAGAUAAUGAAAUGAAGCAUGAAUAUUUAAGUGAAAGUACUUGUAAUUUUGUUUGUGUAACGAAUGCAAAAUUAUUUAAAUAAAUAGUUCAACCAUCGCCAUCAACAGGA